AUGAUAGCGACAGAUGCUGGUGAAGAAGUCGCAGCGGUUAUUGAUUCCUUACCGAGUGAAGUUUAUCCAUUGCUUAUCUGUCUUGUAUUCGAUAGAGGUGAAAUAAAAGUUAAAAGUGUUAUUCAUGGAACAAUGUCAGACAGGGAAGCACUUCCUCUUCUUCUUCAAGCUCGAGAUACAUUUGUUGCUGCAUUUGAAUUACCAGAUACAAGUGGUUUACAUGAAUUUACAAGAGUAGCUGCUGAUUUCAAUGGUGAAACAUCAUCGAUUAUUAGUAUUCAUCGAAUUGAAAAUACAAUGUGGUUAAUUCAAUAUCUCAAUCAAAAACAAAUGAUUGAGAAUCGACUUGGACAUAAUAAUACAGAAAGAUUAUUAUUUCAUGGUUGUCCAUAUGAAGCAGCUAAAAAUAUUCUUCAGCAAGCAUUUGAUCAUUCACGUAUCGGAACAAAUGGCACUGCUUGUGGGCAUGGAUUUUAUUUCUCAUCAAGCCGAUAUGUUAGUGAUCAAUAUGCUGUACCAAAUCCUUCUACUGGUGCAAAAAGAAUGCUUAUGUGUCGUGUACUUGUUGGUCGAAGUUGUCAAGGUAAUUCAACAAUGACAAAAUGUCCAUCAAGCUACGAUUCAACAACAAAUGGAUCAGAUGUUUUUGUUGUUUAUUCUAAUCGACAUAUUUUACCAGAAUAUCUUAUUACAUAUAAAUAA